CUUGAGAGCAAAGACCUUGUUGGGGAUCUAGUGGUAAAAACAUCUGUUAUGUACGAGGUGUCAAUAAUGGUAUAUGAGUUUUACACUUUUCCACACCCAGGGUCAGAAUGCUGCUCCCCUGUCAUGCCCUCACUGUAGCUAUGGUCCAGACCCUUAUCUUCUCAGAAAACCGGGCAUUUGCCAAGAACAUCAACUUCUAUAACGUGCGGCCUCCUUUUGACCCGACACCAUUUCCAAACAGCUUCAAGUGUUUUACCUGUGAAAAUGCAGGGGAUAAUUAUAACUGCAAUCGAUGGGCAGAAGACAAAUGGUGCCCACAAAAUACACAGUACUGUUUGACAGUACAUCACUUUACCAGUCACGGAAGGAGUACAUCCAUCACCAAAAAGUGUGCCUCCACAAGUGAAUGUCAUUUCGUUGGCUGCCACCACAGCCGAGAUUCUGAACACACGGAGUGUAGGUCUUGCUGUGAAGGGAUGAUCUGCAAUGUAGAGUUACCCACCAACCACACGAAUGCGGUCUUUGCUGUGAUGCAUGCUCAGAGGACGUCUGGCAGCCGUGCCCCUGUGCUCCACCUACCAGUGCUGGCUUGGGCCUUCAUGCUGUUGUUGAUGUGAUACCACCAUUCCUGGGAGAGGCAGAGACCAGCCCUCUAAAGCACAAGCCAACAACUGUGUAAACAGCUAACUUUGGAGUGAAGACCAAUCUUGCACUUGGUGCAAGAGAAUGCUCAUUGGACCCCAAAGUUGAAGCCAGUUGUUGCUUAGCUAAAAUGCUCCUGCACGAGGCCACUGAGGAAGGGGACUUGGCAGGGACUGAGGGAUUAUGUGGAUUUUAUAUUUCUUGAUCAAAGGGGCUGCAUUUUGUCACUUCUGCAAGGAGAGUCUUGCCAGCAUCUACUACGGGCAGGUUCAGUAGCCU